CCCUUCAGUUACAUAAAAUAAAAGCAUGGCAUAUUGUUGGCAAAUAGAUCCAAAUCCCGAUGAAUCACAUGAAAAGCAAUAUGAGCACCAAGAAUUCCACUCCAUAAAUCAAUUCCUUUCUUCUAGCCAAGUCAGUCUGGGUUUUGAUCAGCUAGUAGUUGAGAUCAGUAACAAAACUCCACUCUCUGAGAGUGCAAUUGAAGAAAACACCUUUUUUGGACCCACUGCCCCAAACUUGAAUCCAAGAAGUCAUUCAUUAGAUGAAACACACCAAAUAUCCUUGAAUAAAUUCACUUCUAAAAACCCUGAACUCUCCUGGCAUCAAGUGAGGAAAACACCAGUAAUUGGUUUUAGUCCUUCUGUGUUACCAAAACCUCAAGAUCUGAAUAGAGAAUGCUCCUGGGGAAAUCCCAUGGGACAUUAUCAUGGUACUGAUGAUUCUGGAUUCAGUAAUUUAGCUCCAUCACCUACUAGUUUGGAUAAAAUAAAUCCACAGAGAGAAUUAGAAAAUGACAAUUAUAACUACCAUAUAGGAUUUGAAAGUAGCAUUCUUUCUACGCAUUCAUCCUCCUCGACUGAUUUCAUGCCAGAAGAGCAUAAAUGGAGUGGACAUGUGAGCAUUGGGGAACCUUCUCUGAUGCUCUCUAAAGGUUCUUUUCUACCCAGGAUGUGGGAAAGCACAUGGCCAAAGAACAUAGAGGCAGCCUGCCUUCUUCCUGGAAUUUGCAAGAAACUCCCUCAGAGCGGAGUUAAUGACAGCUCUAAUUGUCUUGUCAAAGACCUAAUUGCAGAAAUUCUACAUUUUUGUACAAAUGACCAGCUAUUCCCCAAAGAUCAUAUUCUAAGUAUAUGUGGCUCUGAAGAAUUUUUGCAAAAUGACCACUGUUUGGGGAGCCACAAAAUGUUUCAGAAAGAUAAAUCUGUUAUUCAACUUCAUCUUCAGAAAAAUAGAGAAGCUCUAGGAAAGUUAUCUCGAAAGAGUUGGAGGCGAAGAAUGCGGACAGCUACACAUGAGCGGAUCACUUUCCCACAGGAACAGCAUCAUGAAUCUGUAGAGAAGCAGCGCGGGACAAGCAGUGUUGGAAAAAAAAAAAAAAGGUUUUUGUUUUAUCUUUCCAGACAAUGCCUCUUAACACUAAUCAAAAAAUAUGACUUCCACCUGAAAUGCCUAUUGAAAACCCAGGAAAAUGCGAAUAAUAUUAUUGAAGAAGUUAAAAGAAUAUGCAGUGUUCUAGGGUGUGUGGAAACCAAACAAAUUACAGAUGCAGCAAAUGAACUAAGUCUAAUUCUUCAGAGAAAAGCAGAGCAUACUGAAUCAAUGUUGUUUCUUUUUAGCUAUAAAGCCUUUUCUUUUUCCUGUUCGCUUUCAUAUGCUGGAAAGAAGCUGUGCCAAGUGAGAAACUACAAAGAAAUUUCAGAUGAACGUUUUCCCCAGUUAGCAAAGGCCAUUGAUGAGCAGGAUGAUAUAUGUGAAUUAUUUGAAGAAUAUGCAGCUAUUAUAGACCUAUUAAUUGGAGAAUACAAUGAAAGGUUCACUGACUUUGAGAAUCAUGAUAUCACACUCAAAUUAGCAUUUCAGUCUCACCUAGUUGAUACCAUCAAGGCACCUAAAGAACUACAGAUGGAAUUUAUUGAGCUCCCAGUAGAUGACAUUUUAAAGUCAUUGUUUGAUGCUAAGAAAGAUCCAAUAGAAAUAUGGAAAAAUGCAGUAGAAAAUCCACACCUUCGAAUCAAUUUUCCUCUAGAAAUAAAGUCACUUCCAAGGGAAUCCAUGCUCAUCAUAAAACUGUAUGGGAUUGUCUUUGCAACCAACAAUGCGAAUCUACUGGCCUGGACUUGUCUUCCAUUAUUUCCAAAAGAAAAAUCCAUUCUUGGGUCUAUGCUAUUCAGCGUGACAUUACAGAGUGAGCCGCCCCUAGAAAUGAUAGCUCCGGGAGUGUGGGAUGUAAGUCAGCCAUCCCCUGUGACCCUGCAGGUGAGUGCAGGCUAUGAGAUUGAAGUGCACAUGGCAAGUGGAAGUAGUUUUCUGAACAAGCUGAUAGAAUCGUGGGGACCCACACUGGGCCCAGGGGCACCUUAUGGACUCUCUGAAGAAAAGAGAAGAUACUUAUGGUUUUAUCGCUCCUGCUGCAAUAGUGAAAACUGCUCCCUUCCUUUGGUCCUGGGUAGUGCCCCUGGUUGGGAUGAAAGGACUGUUUCAGAAAUGCAUAUGAUUUUGAGAAAAUGGACAUUUUCUGAUCCUUUGGAAGCACUUGGGCUUUUAACUUCCAGCCUUUUAAAUCCCUCUAUAUUCUGCUACAAUUUUCAUACUGAGAAUAAAAAAGUAAUAUGUCUCUUACUUCAGGCUGUCAAGUUUGAAUGGAACCUUGAAAGUCCUUUAGUGCAACUCCUACUACACCGCUCGUUGCAAAGCAUCCAGGUUGCCCAUCGUCUUUACUGGCUGCUAACGGAUGCACAGAAUGAAGCUUACUUUAAAAGCUGGUAUCAGAAGUUGCUAGCUGCUCUCCAAUUCUGUGUAGGAAAAGCCUUGAGAGAUGAGUUUUCCAAAGAGAGGAAACUUAUCAAAAUUCUGGGAGAUAUUGGGGAAAAAGUCAAGUCUGCCAGUGACCAUCAAAGACAGGAGGUGCUGAAGAAAGAGAUUGGCAGACUAGAAGAAUUCUUUCAAGAUGGAAAUAUUUGUCGCCUUCCUCUGAACCCUGCCCUAUGUAUAAAAGGGAUUGACCGUGAUGCAUGUUCAUAUUUCACAUCCAAUGCUUUGCCAUUGAAGAUUCCUUUCAUCAAUGCUAAUCCAAUGGGCAAAAACAUCAGCAUUAUUUUUAAGGCCGGAGAUGAUCUUCGGCAGGAUAUGCUUGUUCUGCAGAUUAUUCAAGUGAUGGACAACAUUUGGCUGCAGGAGGGCUUGGAUAUGCAAAUGAUCAUUUAUAGAUGUCUCUCCACAGGAAAAGACCAAGGAUUGGUGCAGAUGGUACCUGACGCAGUAACCCUAGCCAAGAUCCAUCGCCACUCUGGACUGAUAGGACCUCUAAAAGAAAAUACAAUCAAAAAGUGGUUCAGUAAGCACAACCACUUAAAGGCAGAUUAUGAAAAGGCCCUGAGGAACUUUUUCUAUUCCUGUGCUGGCUGGUGUGUGGUAACAUUCAUCCUGGGAGUCUGUGACCGUCACAAUGAUAAUAUCAUGCUGACAAAGUCAGGCCACAUGUUUCAUAUUGACUUUGGAAAAUUCUUAGGUCAUGCACAAACAUUUGGAGGGAUAAAAAGGGACAGAGCCCCUUUUAUAUUUACUUCAGAGAUGGAGUACUUUAUUACAGAGGGUGGGAAAAACCCACAGCAUUUCCAAGAUUUUGUGGAGCUUUGCUGUCGAGCUUAUAAUAUUGUCAGAAAGCACAGCCGACUGCUCUUGAACCUGCUGGAAAUGAUGCUAUAUGCAGGAUUGCCUGAGCUAAGUGGAAUUCAAGAUCUGAAAUAUGUGUAUAAUAAUCUUCGCCCACAAGACACAGACCUGGAAGCGACGAGUCAUUUUACCAAGAAAAUAAAGGAAAGUCUGGAGUGUUUCCCUGUUAAAUUGAAUAACUUGAUCCACACACUUGCACAAAUGUCAGCCACAAGCCCUGCCAAAUCUACUUCCCAGAUUUUUCCCCAGGAAUCCUGUUUGCUCAGGACAACCAGGUCAAUUCAAAGAGCAACAAUUUUAGGGUUCAGCAAGAAACCCAGCAAUCUGUAUCUGAUCCAGGUGACACACAGUGACAAUGAAACGAGCCUGACAGAAAAAUCAUUUGACCAGUUUUCAAAACUUCACAGCCAACUUCAGAAGCAGUUUCCAUCAUUGGCUCUCCCAGAGUUUCCUCACUGGUGGCACUUACCAUUUACAAAUUCAGAUCACAAAAGAUUCAGAGAUCUAAAUCAUUACAUGGAACAGUUAUUAAAUGGAUCAUAUGAAGUUGCAAACCAAGAUAUUGUACUUGCAUUCUCAAUUACAGAAGCUACUUCCAAAUUAACUCACUGGAACUCUAUUGUUUUAUCAGGUGAGAAGUUUUCUGAUAAGAAGCCUCAGGUGCAGUUAGUCAUAUCAUACGAGGACGUGAAGCUGACCAUACUGGUGAAACACAUGAAAAACAUCCAUCUCCCAGAUGGCUCUGCGCCCAGCGCACAUGUUGAAUUUUAUCUUUUACCAUAUCCCAGUGAAGUUCGUAGGAGGAAAACAAAAUCUGUUCCAAAAUGUACAGACCCCACUUACAAUGAAAUUGUAGUGUAUGAUGAAGUCACAGAGCUCCAAGGACAUGUCUUAAUGCUUAUUGUGAAGAGCAAAACCGUAUUUGUGGGAGCUAUUAACAUCCAACUCUGUAGUGUCCCACUCAAUGAAGAAAAAUGGUAUCCACUAGGAAACAGUAUAAUUUGACCACUGCUAUGAACACAUGCAUUAUUCAUUAGCUAGUAUUUCUUUGUCACUUCUAGGCCUCUUUACCACAUAAGCAAGGCAUCCUGGUAGUCAAAGAUAGCAUAGGGUAUUC